AAGCCAGCCAUAAAGACUACCACAAGUGGUGUAGCUAAGCAAAAUUGGGUUGUAGUUGAAAAUUUGUCCAAUAUGUCAAAAUCUCCCAAGUUAGUCCUAAGGGCUACCACGAGUGGUAAAAUCACGCAAAGUGGGGCUGCAGCUGGUCAUUCUACCAAUAUGGUAGAAGCUGCUAGGCCAGCCAUAAAGAUUUUAAUCAAGCAAAGUCCGAUUCUAACUGGCCAUCAUUCCCAUGUGGUAGAAGCUUCUAAGCCAGUCAUAAAGGCUUCCACAAGUGGCGUAAUCAAGCAAAAUUUGGUUGCAGCUGGUCAUUCUUCCAAUAUGGCAGAUGCUUCUGAGUCAGUCGUAAAAGCUACUACGAGUGGUAUAACAACGCAAAGUCCAAAGAUUGAUAAGUUUAACAUCGUAAAGUCUCCCGACGUCCCACAAUCUGUUGCGGUUGCACAACCACCAACGAUCGAUGGGUCAAACAUUGCAUCCACAUCACAAAAUGGUGUAAUAUCGAUCCAACUUUACCAAGAAUAUGUGGAAAAUAUAUGCCGGAAUAUUCCGGAAGAAUACCAUGGGUUUCCAGCGAGACUACGAGUGAAACGAUACUUGGCUGAAAUGACACACAGAAAUUUACCAGGAGUCGUCCAACAUACGAAUGCUGAUGAAACCGAUGAAACCCCAACUAAACGACGACGAGAGUGAUUGUAAAAAUAAAAAUGUCCGCCAUCCGUCUGUAUUUGAACAAUUUUUUUCCUUUUAGAACUAAGACGAAAGAUAAUAAUAGAAGAUUUUUAAAAUUUAUGUUUUCCACAUAAAAAUAUGUUUACAACCGAAA